AUGCAACUGUUGUCCGUUCUCGCUCUCGCCGCCAUCACUGGCACUGCCAUGGCAACGCCUGUCGAAGUUGCUGCCCCUCUUCCUAGCUGUAUCAAUGGCAUGUUCUACGGCGAAGCUGCCUGCAAGCAGAAUUGCAAAGGAGGCAAGUGCUCCAUCGAGGACGGCCAUCAGAACGAUAAGGACUAUAUUUGUAUCUGCAACGAUACUUCUAAGCCAGGAUGCGCCGACAUGUUCAAGGGAAAAGCUGCCUGCCAGGCUAAGUGCAAGAGUGGUACUUGCACUCAGUUAUUGCUUCCUUAUGAAUGCAAGUGCCCUAAGUCUUAA